AUGUGUCGCAAAGCUACCUGUGCUACCUGCCAAAAAUCAACAUGGUUUGGCUGUGGCAGCCACGUGCCGUCUGUUAUGGAUAGCAUUUCCGAGGAUGAACGCUGCAUUUGCGAGCCGAAAGUUGAGAAGGAUGGGAAGACGUACCCGCCUAAGGCUACGCAG